ACAAAAGUUUGUUGACAAAACUAAAUAGUUUUUGGGUUUAUUUUCGUUUAUCAUGUGACAAUUAAAAUUGUGCUAGUUUUUUUUCUGUUGUCUGUGUGACAUAUAAUUAUCUAUACAUUUAUAAUAUUCUGAAAGAUUUUAAAGUUCGUUGUUUUCUUUCACCAUGGCAUUUACACAAGAUUCUUGGAUGAUAAAAUAUGAUGCCUGUGAGAGUCUUGGUCGAGAGAUUAUGGAAAAAAUAUCCUAUCGUAAUCAACAACCAAAAAAUAGUGUAGCAGCUAGCAAGGCAAGUGCCAAUGCGAGGAAAUUAAUGAAAAAAUAUGAUGACAAUGUGACAUCUUUAAAUCAAACUCUAUUAGCAUCAAAAAGUUUACUUACUGAUGGAGAGUUUCAGAGGAGACAAGGAUUAAUGGAUGCUUUAAAGAGCAAAAAAGUUCAAAUUGAUGAUGCCUUCAGUUUAAAAGAAGAAGGUGGUUCAAGGACAGCUUUACUUGGAGCUGAACUUGGUACACAUUCAACUAAUGUAUGGGAUAUUGAAGAAGAUGAGAGUACUAGAGAUUUAACAUUUGAUGAAAUUCGAGAAAAACAGCAAUUUGCUAUCAAAGAACAAGACAAAGGAUUAGAUACCUUGUAUGAUGUGGUUGUACGGCAGAAGCAUAUGGCUCAAAAUAUUGGACAAGAAAUCGAUUUGCAAAAUGAAAUAAUUGAUGACAUUGUUGAUCAUGCUGACAAUACAAGAGAACGUCUGAUUAAAGAAACUAGACAUGUUGCCAUAGUUGAUAGAAAAUCUGGAACUUGUGGCUAUUGGAUUGUAAUAAUUCUUCUAUUAAUAGCAAUUGCUGUUGUUUCUAUGAUUCCUACUAAGUGACCAUAAUAUGAGAAUGUUUUGUGUGGGAACAAUGCAAUUUGGCAUGAUCUGAUGCUGUUUAUGUGAAGUUAUGUAUGUAUUGAAUGACUGUCUAUCUGUCAUAAUAAAUUAAAUAUAUUUUAAUGUAUAUUCAUUUUUUUAUAUAUCAGAAAUAAAGUAAUUCAUAUUUCUUA